AUGAUGGCGCGUUCGCGGCACGGCGUGGCUGUCAAGCGAUGCUCUGGCCUCGUGCUCGCUGCACUGGCUGCUCUCAUGCUCUCAGUCUGUGCGCCCAGGGCUGCUGCUGUUCGGCUGCCAGAUGCGAGCAAUGCCGCAGACCACUCGUGUGUGCAGAGGAAGUGUGGCGCCCAUGCAGUCUGCGUGAAGGAAAGGGGGAACGCCAGAUGUGUCUGCAACCGUGGAUUCUCCAUGACCCCCGCCGGCUGUGUUGGUGCUGACGCAUGCGCUCUCAAGGCGUGUGGCAGCAACGGCAAGUGCACCAAGGACAGUGCUGGAGUGGCGUCCUGUGUGUGUGACACUGGCUUCGCACUGCAGGCUGAUGGCGUCACAUGCACCGACACAUGCGCACUCAAGGCCUGUGGUGUGAACGGCCAGUGCAGCAAGGACGCAAUUACUGGAGCGGCGUCGUGUGUGUGUGACACUGGCUUUGCGCUGCAGGCGGAUGACAGGACGUGCACUGACACAUGCACACUCAAGGGAUGUAGGGGCAACGGCACAUGCACCAAGAAAAGCACUACUGGAGUGGCGUCGUGUGUGUGUGACACUGGCUUUGAACUAGAAGCGGAUGGCAGGACGUGCACUGACACGUGCGCACUCAAGGCCUGUGGGACAAAUGGCACGUGCGUUAAGAACAGCACUACUGGAGCGGCAUCCUGUGUGUGUGACACUGGCUACGUGCUGCAUGCGGAUGGCAAGACGUGCACUGAUACCUGUGUCAUCAAGGGCUGCAACACUUACACCACCGAUUGCGUGAAGGACGCUGCAGGCGCCGCCUCCUGUGUGUGCAAGCCGGGCUACCAGAACAUUUCGGGCACGUGCAUGGGUAUGUUCGUCCACUGCCCUGAUUUCGUGCUGCUGCAGCCUGAUGCGGGCGGCCUGCCUCGUGUGGGGUCUGCCCUGCAGGAGCCAGCUGCACUCUGUUGCCAUACAGCAAAGCGUCGUACUGCACUGCACCCUACUACACCGUACAGCACCUUAUGCAUCAUGUCUCACUUCAUAUGCUCCGCUCUGCUCUCCCUCACCACCACAGGGCCUGCCUCGUGUGGGGUCUGCCCUGCAGGAGCCAGCUUCACUGUGCUGCCGUACACCAAAGCACCCUACAGCACCCUAAUGCACCAUACUGCACCGGACUGCAUCAUAUCUUACUCUGCAUCGUAUGCUCUUCUCUCCUCUCCACCACAGGGCCUGUCUCGUGUCGGCUCUGCCCUGCAGGAGCCAGCUGCACUGUGCUGCCGUACACCAAAGCCCCAUACUGCUGUUGUACCUUUCUCUGUGCAUGCGCCAUCUGCUGUCUGUCUGGCCCACUCUGUAUGCUCCUCUCCUCUCUCCCUCACCACCACAGGGCCUGCCUGCGGUGCCAUACACCAAAGCUGCUCACUGCAUGCAUGCACCAUGUCUUACUCUGUAUGCUCCUCUCCCCUCUCCCUCACCACCACCACAGGGCCUUCCUCGUGUGGGGUCUGCCCUGCAGGAGCCACCUGCACUCCGGUGCCGUACACCAAAGCUGCUUACUGCGCCUGCCCUCCCGGCUAUGGCAUGACUGCCGCUGGUUGCGUGCUCGGUAUGUCUAUUCUAGGUGCCACCAUGCGCCAUCCCCACUGUCUCCUCGACCAGCUUCUCCUACUACACGCUCUCAAGCUUCAGCACAUUGCUCUUAGAGCCGGUCACAGCUUUACAUUGGACACCCUUCAUGUUGCUCCUCCCUGUGUUCUCUUCUUCAUCCUUCCAGGCGCCACCCCCACUGUCUCCUCCACCAGCUUCUCCUUCUACACGCUCCCAAGCUUCGGCAUAACACCCGCCGCCUACACCAUGCGCCUCACCUACAACGGCUGCACCAACCUCACAGCCUCCUCUGCGCCAGACAUCAAGUCAUACUGCGACGUGGAGCACGCUCCAUCGCCUUUCUUCGGCAUAACGCCCGCCGCCUACACCAUGCGCCUCACCUACAACGGCUGCACCAACCUCACAGCCUCCUCUGCUGCAGACAUCAAGUCCUACAGCGAUGUGGAGCGGGCGCCUGGGGGCGCGGGCGACUGCACUGAGGUCCGCCAGUACUACCAGCCGGGGUGUGUUGGAUCGUACAGCUUGUUUCCUGUCACGCAAGGGACUGGCGUCAGCACUGGGACUACUUCCAACUAUCCCGCGUACCCUUACCGCUCCUUCGCCUGCUCUAUCACUGAGAAAUGCUCGCCCAACACCUGCGGUGGGAACGGCACGUGCGUUCAGGACAGUGCAGGGGUGGCCUUCUGUGCUUGCAAUGCUGGAUUUCUUCUGCAGCCUGACGCCAGGACGUGCGCCGAGGCGUGUGGGUCCAAGAUCUGUGAUCCCACGACCGACUGUGUGAUUGACGCUCCAGGCGGUGCAUCGUGUGUGUGCAAGGCGGGCUAUCAGAGCAUCUCCGGUGCUUGCGUCGGCCCCGCCACCUGUGGGAGCUGCCCUGCAGGGGCCACGUGCACUGUUGCUUUCAGCGUCGUUCCAUAUUGCAUCUGCCCUCCUGGCUAUGGCAUGACCAGCACUGGCUGCAUCAGCGGCGCCACCCCCACCGUCUCCUCCACCAGCAUCACCUUCUACGAUCAGCCUAGCUACACCAUCACGACCAGCACCUUCACCAUGCGCCUUCAACUCAACGCCUGCACCACCCUCCCUGCCGUGCUUGCCUCGCAAGUCUGGUCCACUUGGCGGCUCGACGGGGCUCCUGGAGGGGCGGGGGAGUGUGUGAGCUUGAAUCAGUAUGAGCAGGAGGGGUGCGUUGGAACGUACACGUCGUCUCCCACUGCUUCGGACGGAACCAGCAUGGCCGGCCUGGGCUUCACCAAGUAUCUCGGGUACCCUUACCGCUCCUUCAGCUGCAAUGGUAUUGGUGGGUGCUGCAGUGGUGGUGCGUUCUGCUGUGGUG